CUCACAUCCGACUUGUCCCAUGGCAAAGUUCAAAAGGUCAUCGGUAGAAAAUAACCGGAAGUUAACAGAUUACUUCUCUCAGCUGCCUCCUUCGUCUUCCCAAACGUCACAGGCAUCGCCUCCACCAUCCUGCCCAGCGUCUAGCAGCGCGCCUUACUACAGUGCUAAAGCAUCAAUGGGCACGAAGAAGACAAUUCUAAAAGAGACGAAAGCCUUAUCACGAUCUCCGUCAUCGUCCCAAUCGGGUCUUAUGUCUCAAUCUUCUUUGCAAUCUCGUAUCGAACGAAAAGAGAAUGCGCCUCCUCCCCGCUUGAUGCGUACCCGCACUUGCUCCGAACGCGAAAUAAUCAGCAUUGCAUCUUCGUCAGAAGCCCCGACGCAUAUUACAAUCUCAAGUAACUCUGUCACAUCCUUUGAUAGCAGCGUUAUUGAGGUUGUUCCUCCUGUAAAGCAAGACCGUGGCCAUCUGCAAGCUAUCGACGUUACGUCGUCUCCCCUUUCAGCUCCAGUACAGACUCGACGCAGUCCCAGGCUAAAAGGCCCAAAGUCGCCUCCCAGAAGUAGAAUCCAACAGGUUGGUGCUGUCGUUGCUCAGAAACGUUCGCCGAAAAAGAGGAAGAAGCCGGAGGGUGUGCAAUCAGAUGACGGAGACCUAAUCGAACUGGAUGCUAUGGAGGACGUCAUCUAUGUGGAUUCAUCGCCUUCUAAGCUGAAGAGCACUGCCAAUGUCAAACUUGUACCUCCUUCCCGAGCAGGGCCACCAGCCACAUCGUCUUCUCGGAAACGAAGCCGAUUGAAUGAACCAAUACCCAUAGAUUCAUCUUCCGAUGUCGAAGAAGUUAUACCGUCGUCGCAGUCUGACGAGCGGGAGCUUUGUAUCCCAAAACGGCAGCGGAAGAACAUUAAAGAGGUCAUGGAGGGGAUUAGAGAAUGGCAGCUGAGCUCCUCACAGCCAGCUGCACCUCCCGAGUCCAGCGAUGCUUUUGCAGCCAAUGUCAAGGAUUGGAGCAUGGAGCUAGACUUAGAAUACCCAUACAGCUCUGCCAGCUUGUCUGGUGCGCGGAGUGGAAGGGUGACUCCUGUUGCCGCGGACAAAUCAAUGCAUACAUCGCCACGCACAACACCACAGACUUGUUAUAAGCCACGGACACCUUCAAAGAUACCGGAAAUGCUUUGUGCCUUUAAGCUACCAGAAUCUGUUCUUGUUGCAGGUGGAUCCAAACCAUCGUCACCAGUUUUUGUAUCUUCUGCCUCGUCUCUUACAAAGGUUGACACGCCGACACAGAUGUCAUUGAUCAAGCGACUGGUCUCUCCGGUUCGAACACCGGAUAGGCGACAUUCCCUCGAUGAGACUGGAUCGCCAGGUCUGCGUAAUCCUCACGUAGCUUCCGACAGAACAGAGGUAGAGAUCGAACAAGUGGAUGUAUCGCUGGAUUGUGGUGAAAAGACCAACGCGAUCGUUGAGCGAAUCAAAGCCGAAGCACGUGCAAAAGCAAUGACGAUGCCCGAUGAGGACUCUAUGGUCCUUGGUUCGUUGGAUGAUAGUGAUAGCGAUCUGGAGAGUCCAUCAGAUUUGUUCAAACAAGUGGCGAAGGGCAAAGAGCCGUCCAAAUCAUCCAGGAAGCGACAUUCGCCCUCAUUGGAUGAAGGUGCUUCGGACGAUGGUACAGAGUCUUCGGAUAUUGCUGAAUCGGGAAACCGGUCGACUCGUAGGCGAAGUGCUCGUCUCGCUCGGGACUCACACUCGCCCUCGCCACCACGAACUACAAGAAGGACCCGCAAUGUCCCAAGUAUGCGUCCGACUGUAAUCUUUGAGACAACUCGCGAGUCCUCGAAGAAGACAGUUAAUCCCUUCUCAAAGCUUUUAAAAGAUAAAGCUCGGCAGGACAGGUUUGCAGAUAUUCACCAAAACCCGGGCAUAGGCGCGGAUAUCGAUUUCUUGGACGCUGCGGAUGAAGAAUUCGCAGGGUGUCGUUCCUUAUCUGGUUCGCCGCUCCGUAGGCAAAGUAGCGACGAAGCUGUUAUGAAUGAAGCGGAUCGAGCAAGAUUGUUCGGUGAAGGGGAUGAUGUUGCUUUGGGUAAGAUCCUUGAAACCGAUCGUUUGGAAAGAGGCAAAGACAAGGUAGUGGUCGAUAUUACUGGAGUUCCAUUCUGGGAGAACCCUUCAGAAGAUGGGAUGGACAUUGAUCCUGAAACUGAAGGCCUACCGCAACUCGUGACUUCUGGAACGGAUGCAAUGCUCGUAUUGUUAAAAGACCUCAUAGAUUCGAGAGAUGUGGACGGGAUAGCCAUGCUUUUGCAAUCAGGUUCACUUGUCACUGAGGACGAAGCAUUUGUGACUUGGGCUUUCGAGCUUGCUAUCUGUGCAGCUGGUACCCUGGCGAUUGCAGCACACACGCUUCUGUGUCGGAUAUGUGAUGCUUCAUCAGAGGGCUUACAGUCCACUGUCGUUUCAGUCACUCCUGCUUUGAAAAUGCUUUCUAGGCUUGGUGCAAAACAGAGUAUAGUGGAAGCCAUACAGCUGGAGACGUCCUUCCUUCCUUCCCCGUCGCUCACUGCUGAUCACCGGCGCGACACUUUGUGGAGAUUUUCUGAUCUUGUUGAGAGGUUUGCAUCAAAAGCAAUGUUUGUCAGUGAAGAUGUGCCAUCCUACUUUGCUCUACUUCUCGCUGUUGGCUUGGAUCCUUCGACAGGCCUCAGGUUGAAGCUGUGCAUCAAGCGUGCUCUUUGUGCUUUAAUUAGGCAGUUCUGCGAAGUUUCUGAUGAAAGAGGAGAAAUGGAGAGGGAGAUCUGCUCUAGAACACUGUGCCUUUGUUCUCAGCUGAGCUCAGCAAAUAAGGCGUAUCUGUUGUCGUUCAUCGAGGGCGACAGGUUAGUCGACAGACGCAUUGGUCAAUGGGUAGCCUUUGCCAUGUUAACUGGUGAACAUGGCUCUCGAUUGGCCAGGGAGUUCGUACUCGGUCCACCUCCGCUUUCCGACAUUGUUGCGCUCCUUGAUCCUCGUUCAGAUUCCGAGCUACAUACGGACCUCUUUGCCAUCUCCCGCAACGCCGAGGAAACCGACUGUUUCGAUUACGCUGCUUUGGGGUACCAUGUUGAAGUCUUGGGUCGGGUCUUGAUGAAUAUACCGCAGUAUGUUCUUCUAGAGAAGGUUGAAGCUAGGGAAGCGCUACGACAGUCAAGUUCGUCUGAUCUGAGCGCUAGCAAGAGUUUCCCUAGGCAUCGGAACGAGAAGUCGAAGCUGGAGAUCAUCAAGUGCCUACUUGACCGCCUUGGCAAUAACAUUGCCGAUACGCGCGCUGCACACCUGGAUCGGUCGCACACAAAAGCAGUUAUUCAACAACUGGCAAUGCGCAUCCACUAUCAACGCGAGGGCUCGCGCGAAAGAAAAUCGAACAUCGAUAAAUACUUCAGCGUUAAAUCGACGUAGACAGACAUACAUUGUGGAUACUUUGCGCAUCGUUUUCAGGCAUGUUUUUUUUUCCAUUUAAUAUGUGCAGAAUAGAGACUGGCCGACGCAGGAGUAUAUCGUACAUUCUGUAUUAGUCUGUAUGAUCGUUUCUUUGCUUUAAUUCGAGUUUCGCGCUUCGUUCUUGUAGUUUUGGCUUUGAACAAUAAUCUUAUUUCAGUUUGGAACUUUCGUUAUGGCAUGUCUUAU